AUGGGGUCGGUGCUGGACGAAAGACUUGAAGAAACCAUCUUGAAGCCCUAUACCCUGUACCUCGUCGCCUGGUACGAUGGUCUGGCGCAGUGGCCAUUCCAUUGGGGUCUCGUCGUGAUCAUGGGCGAUGAUUCGGAGAAUCCAGAAGUUACCCUUAGUCACUCAGUACCUAAAGGAACCGACAGUGGGCCACAAGCUUGGAAAUUUGAGCAGAAACCCUACAGGCUACCAGAAAGCGCAACUAUAGUCCAGCUAUUUGAGAUCAGCGCUUGGCAGAAGCUGUCUGCGCCUUACUUCAUGUCAGCGAUUGUCACACAUGGCAUGGACGUUGUUGAGGCUCAUAUUGACAACAAGGGCUACGACUGUACUACGUGGACAAGGGACAUGCUCAUCCGGCUGGCCGACGACAAGCACAUAGACCUUCCUGGAGAUCUGGACGACUUCUUUCAGGUAUUCAUUGCUAAGGCCAUCGAAUUGCAGAAGCUGAGAGAGGACCUUGCAAAGCAACAGAAAGAAUACAGGCCCAAGGUGCUAAAAUACAACAAAGCUGGUAAUUGA